CAAAUAUUACUGUUGUGUAAUUCUAAGUCGAAUUGUUUGUAUCUAAACACGUCCAAUUACAAGUGUCUUAUCUCUCAAGUAUGGAGGGCAAGCAAAAAAUUCGAGCUGAAUAUUCGAAAAGCAAAAGUUCCAAAUGCAAAAGAUGUGAAGAAAAAAUUAAAAAAGGCGUUCUUCGACUUGUUCACUUAAAAAAGGUUUGAUUCAAACCGAAUUUGCCAAAAAGGUUUUCUUCACAUUUUUAUUUUUGAUUUUCGUUAGUCAAAACAUUUUGAUGGUGAUGAACAACGGAACUAUCAUCCACAUUGUUUAUUUGAGAUACGUCGUCCCAGAUCGCAAUUUUGGAUCGAUGGAUUCGCAACACUACGCAAUGAAGAUCAGAAAACACUCAAUGAAUUAAUCAAUGCAAACAAGAAGAAUCGAAAACGAGCAAAAAAACCGUAAAAAAGGUCGGUGAACAGCACAGACGAUGACGUCAGCGACACACCAGCAAUGAAAAAAGUUAAACGAAACUUGGAAGCAGGGCUUUCAUUAGAUGCUUUGAUUCACACUCAAAAUGAAGAAUUCCACCAACUACUCGAGAAAAUAAAGAAAUCAAAUCUCGACGACUUUUGGCAAAAGGAAAUACUUAAAGAAAAUGAUCAGUGCAUUCCACGUAGAAAGGUCGAAAUUUUAUAUCAUGUCACGGAUGUUAUUUAUUUUGGAGCGAUUGAGCCGUGUAAAGAGACGAAUUGCAAUAAUGGAAGAUUCAUUUUUGAUGGUAAUUCAAAGUAUCGAUGUAGGGGAUACAUCUCAGGCUUUGGCAGGUGUACUAACACCGUCGAUAAACCAGAAAGGCGUCCAGUUCAAAUAUCUGCCUUAAUUCGUGAUGAAUGUGCCUUUUUGAAUGUUGAGUUCAAAGUUCAACAUAGAGCCGUCAAGUUACCAAACUCACCAUGCACUUCCAUAACUAAAUCGACAACAAAGCCGGAUUCAGCUUCAAAGAAAUAUUUUAUCGAAGUUGAAAUGACACUUAAAGAUGGGAGUAUUGUUCAUCCGAGAUCGAAUUUACAGGAUAUUGCACAUGUUUAUAUGGAAAACGGGAAACACCAUUCAGCGCCUUUGAAUAAAAUUGAUUUAGCUGUCCAAGUGAAUAAAAACUCUUACUACAUACUUCAACUUUUGGAAUCCGAUUCUAGUAAUCCAAGAAAGUAUUGGAUCUAUCGAUCUUGGGGCCGAAUAAACGACACAAGCGGCGGUGAUGAUUGCAAAGAAUACAAUAACUUGGAGGAAGCACGCAAAAAGUUUUAUGACACAUAUAAAAAAAAGACCAGAAAUGAUUUUUUUACGCCGAAUUUCAAAAAGUUAUAUGGAAAAUAUUUUCAUUGUCCAGCUUCCACCAAAGACGUUGAAGACGCUGCUCAUCGCGCUGUGCAUGAACCUGAAAACAGUGCUUUGCCCGAAUCAGUUCAAAACUUGAUCAAAUUAUUAAUCGAUAAAGAACUGAUGAGUGCGGUGAUGGUAAAAUUUGGUCUUGACCUCAUCAAAAUGCCACUUGGUAAAAUUGAAAGAAAUCAGCUAAAAAACGCAGGGAAAAUGUUGGAAAAAAUCGCACAGAUCAUUGAAGAAAACGAAUCACCAGGAACAUUGAUUGAAGCAUCGAAUAAAUUCUAUUCGUUGAUACCACACAAAGUGUGCAGUAGUAAUGUAAUCACUUGCAUGAAGCAGCUGCAUGAAAAAGCUGAUCUACUGAUGAAUUUGUUUUCAAUCAAAUUUACCUAUGAGUUGUUUUUCAAGGCCACUGGUGACAAGAUCGAUUGCCUUUUGGAUAAUUGGUAUGAAAAGCUCGAAAAUAAAAUUGAACCGCUUGAAAGAAAUUCCGACGAAUUUCAAACCAUCAUCGAACAUAUUGACUAUACGCGAGGAGAGAAUGAUAUUAAAAUCGACGACAUUUUUAAGAUUCAACGUGAAAAUGACGAUGUUUCUUUUGAACCCUAUAGACGUUUACCAAAUCGUAAAAUGCUAUGGCAUGGAAGCCGUAUAACAAAUUUCAAUGGAAUUUUGGCCAAUGGAUUGCGCAUAGCUCCGCCGGAAGCACUUGUGAUUGGUUGUAUGCUUGGGAAAGGAUUGUACUUUUCUGACUUCUUCGCCAACGCAAUGCAUUAUUGUUAUACUGAGCAAACAAAUCACACUGGCAUAAUAGCAUUGUGCGAAGUGGCUCUCGGAGAGUCUUUAACAUACUAUGAUUCAGAUAGAAUCGAUGAACUUCCCGAUGAUAAACAUUCCGUUUGGGGCGUUGGCAAGAUAUCAACGGAAUCGAAUAAAUUGUUGGAUGGCGUGAAAAUUGCCUGGGGAAAACCGGUUAAAAAUAAAACGAUCACCACAUCUUUUGAUUACAACGAUUUCGUUGUCUACAAAAAGGAACAAGCUAAGGUCAAGUACUUGGUUAAAUUUACACUAUUGCAAUCAAUGCGCCGUUAUUAGUUAUCAAAAAAUACAUUUAUACUGUUAAAUUCUUAACAAUUUUAUUGAUCACGAAAAGUGAAUAAAAUUUAAAAUAUUCACUCCAUACGAGCGAAACUUAUUUAUCAUUUGUCGAAUCUGUUGUUUUUUUGUUUUA